AUGCGAGCGGACAUUCUUCACGAUGCGCGCGGACAUUCUUCACGAUGCGAGCGGACAUUCUUCACGAUGCGAGCGGACAUUCUUCACGAUGCGCGCGGACAUUCUUCACGAUGCGCGCGGACAUUCUUCACGAUGCGAGCGGACAUUCUUCACGAUGCGAGCGGACAUUCUUCACGAUGCGAGCGGACAUUCUUCACGAUGCGAGCGGACAUUCUUCACGAUGCGAGCGGACAUUCUUUACGAUGCGAGCGGACAUUCUUCACGAUGCGAGCGGACAUUCUUCACGAUGCGCACGGACAUUCUUCACGAUGCGAGCGGACAUUCUUCACGAUGCGAGCGGACAUUCCUCACGAUGCGAGCGGACAUUCCUCACGAUGCGAGCGGACAUUCUUCACGAUGCGAGCGGACAUUCUUCACGAUGCGAGCGGACAUUCUUCACGAUGCGAGCGGACAUUCUUCACGAUGCGAGCGGACAUUCUUCACGAUGCGAGCGGACAUUCUUCACGAUGCGAGCGGACAUUCUUCACGAUGCGAGCGGACAUUCUUCACGAUGCGAGCGGACAUUCUUCACGAUGCGAGCGGACAUUCUUCACGAUGCGAGCGGACAUUCUUCACGAUGCGAGCGGACAUUCUUCACGAUGCGAGCGGACAUUCUUCACGAUGCGAGCGGACAUUCUUCACGAUGCGAGCGGACAUUCUUCACGAUGCGAGCGGACAUUCUUCACGAUGCGAGCGGACAUUCUUCACGAUGCGAGCGGACAUUCUUCACGAUGCGAGCGGACAUUCUUCACGAUGCGCGCGGACAUUCUUCACGAUGUACAAUGUCGCGUAAAUGUUACUUUACAUCUUUUAAAUGCAUCGUCGUCAUGA